CUUUUGUGUAGUUUCAAGGCUUGUGUAAGUCAGGGGAAAAGCUUUUAUUGAUUCCAGUGAUCUCCCAGUCAUGCCCCUCAUGGGCAAAUACUCAGUUGCAGUUGCCAACGAAUAACUUUUUUGAUGCAGAAAUUUUUGGGUAAAGAAAACAUGGCAGUCAGGGUGCCUGUAGCUGUCGAUGAAUAUGCAAAAAAAGCCCCUAAGCAACCCAAAAUCCACAAGGCAGAAGAGUGUUUCAAUACAGCAUGAGGCAGGGCUGUGUCUGAGUUAAAGAAGAGGGGAUGUGAUGGAACAGCUCAACAACAAAUAUGCUAUCUUAGCCAAAAUUAUGAGAAAACAUUUAUUGCUCUACUAUAAAAUGGUAAGCGGAGAUAAGUUUCAGUGAUGGUCCUUUAAAGACUAUCUGUAGCAAAAAUGCCAUUAAGGCAUGCACUGCACAAUGGCAAGUUUGUCACCAUUUCUCCUUGUAUUCAAGAUUCCUGUAGCCAAGCUGUAGAAAGACAAUGUACGACUUGAGGAAUAUGAUUGUAAGGAAAACUUUUAGGUGUCACUUUUUAUCCUGAACCAGUAUUGAAGCAAACCUUUGUGGUGAUUUCAAGAUACCUUGUGAACCUGCAGGUCUUGUCUUUCACAAGGAAUAGGGGAAAUGUUUGUUUUGGAGUUUGUUUCAUUUUUGUGCUGGUGACUUUGCAUUUCAUACCUUUCUGAAGCCUUCAACUGUUGGCUAAUUUUUUACCUUCUUAAUCUCUACCACCAUUGUAUGUUGUGAGAUCUAAUCUCUGUAUUCUGAUACUUACAAAAACAAUGUAUAUUGCAUUUGUAAUUUUUUUUUUCUGUAAAUAUAUGGAUUUACAGACUAGUUUUAUAGUGAAGUGAGAUGCAAACGCUGUAAACGCUUAUCUUUGAUGACAUCUAAAUAAAGAACCUCACCUUUGGAAAGAAGUACAGUUUUUCACUGAUUCGUACAGAUAUCAUCCAUGAACCACAUAAAUUAUUCUCCAUGUGCUGUUUCAUCUGUAGAAUAUUUAUUUAUGACUUUUAAGUAAUUCUAAACUAGAAAUGUACAAUUUUAACAUAUAAUUUUAUGGCUUUUAAUUCUACCAUCUGAAUCUCCCAUUGAAGAAUCCCUUCUUAGUGGCAAUAUUAUAUUUGCACUUUGAAAGUACUUAGCAACUUACUUUUGCCACUAGUUUAGUAUUAAAUAUUUUCUUUGUCUAUCUAGUUGUUUAUAAUUUCAGGUGAUAUUCCCCACAUUCUGUAGGGAAAAAACUGUAGCAUUUGAUUUCUGAGUUAUACUGAAAAGCAAAAUAAUAAUGGGAGAAGCAAAAUAGUAAAUUGUAACUGGAAGAAAGUAUGGCACACAAUGAAUUCAUCCAAUAGAGUGUACUAGAAUGCUGAUUUUGUAUCAGUUACAUAAUGUCAAACACCAUAAAGUGUUCUUGACAGUACUAUUUGAUAUUCAGAUUUCAGACAAUUGGCCUGGAUACAGUCUGGAUUUGUUCACUUACCCUCAGCACUACUAUGGAGACCUGGAAUAUGUGCUCAUUCCUCAUGGCAUUAUUGUUGACAGGACAGAACGACUGGCAAAAGAUAUUAUGCAAGACAUUGGAGACAAUGAUAUCGUGGUUCUGUGUGUCCUCAAAGGUGGCUAUAAGUUCUGUGCUGAUCUUGUGGAGCACAUUAAAAAUCUUAGCAGAAAUUCAGAAAGAUUCAUCUCCAUGAAAGUCGAUUUUGUUAGACUGAAAAGUUACCACAAUGAUCAGUCUAUGCAAGAUAUGCAGAUAAUCGGAGGAGAUGAUCUUUCAAAGCUGACUGGCAAGAAUGUUCUAAUUGUGGAGGAUAUUGUUGGAACUGGAAGAACCAUGAAGGUUCUGCUUAACAAUAUAGAAAAAUACAAGCCAAAAAUGAUUAAAGUGGCAAGUUUGUUGGUGAAAAGAACAUCUCGGCCUGAUGGGUACAGACCAGAUUAUUACGGAUUUGAAAUUCCAGAUUUAUUUGUGGUAGGUUAUGCCUUAGACUACAAUGAGCACUUCAGAGAUCUAAAUCACAUAUGUGUUAUCAAUGAUCAUGGCAAAACAAAAUACAGAGUCUGAAGCAGUAACAUCCACACCUGAAUAUUUCUGUGAAGCAGAAAUUUGACUACGCUCCCUCAAGCAUCGCCCAGAAAAGCAAUUCAGUUGACUUGUAUGUCUUUCAAAUCAGUAUAAUAAAGGGUUUACUCUAGAGCUGCUGAUGAAUAUUUACAGAUGUGAGAGCUCUUAUCUAAAAUGUGAAGCAUAGGACUUUUACAGUUACUACCUUUAUUAAGCAUUAAAAUUACCACCUAAGAUGCCUUUUGACUAAUAAUUUGUCUGCCUUAGGUCUCAUUGUGAAUUCAUAUUUUCUUUGCUCAGUUCUUCUACAUGCAAUUCAUGUACUUCUGUGUUGCACAAGAUAAUUCAAAAGUGCCAUUCUGUGUAUGAGGAUUAUUUUACAAGAUUUUAUUGAUUUCAUCAUGCCUUUAGUCUUGGUCAGAUAUACUGCUACUAAAUUGAAAGCAUUAUUUUGAUUUAAUUCCUCACUUCCAAAGUUUCAGCUGAAGUUCUGUGUUGUGCUGCAGUUCAUUACCCACUCUUCCAAACAAAGUUUUAGCUCUCAGAAUUAGAGUGCAGGUCAAAAUGAACCUUUGGAAGACACUGUUGAUCCAAAAUUGGAAGAUAACAUGGUUCUGAUAUGUCACAUAGCCAUAGAUCUGACCUAUUUAAUGUGCUGAAUUUUAAUCAAGACAAAGCAAUGCCAGGCAGGUUUGAAUUUCUGCAUGGUGUCCCUUUCUUCUGUAGGACACAAGCAAGUAUAAAAAUUAACAGUGUUCUCCUGAGCUUAUACUCUUAACUAAACCUCAUUAAGCACAAAAGUUUAAUGUUAGUCAGACAAUUAUUCAGUUAGUAUUUGAUUUUUGUAAUGUGUCGAAGUAGAGGCCUUUUGUAACCAUCUAUCAUCUUCAAGAUCACAGAUCUGACAAUCUGACAGAUCUGAAGAAGAUUUGUAUGGAAACAAAAAAGAAAAAAUGUUUAGGACAACACAGGAAACCAGUUAAUGCAUGAGUGCUGUAGACUCUAGACUCCUUCCUUUAUAGAUCAUGUUUGAAGAAGUUUGUGAAUUUUACAUA